AUGUCCUCUAAAGCAUCAUUCAGGCACAUCACCAGGAUCAAUUGCUGCGCCAUCUCCACCUCGACGCGCCAGAACCAAACAUUGAAACUUGCUGACGGCAGGAUCCUAGGAUUUGCGGAGUAUGGCGACCCAGAAGGCACGCCUCUGCUUUUCUUCCAUGGCUAUCCAUCGUCCCGCCUCGAAUGCGGCCCAGCAGAUGAGCUUCUCCGACGCCUAGGUAUACGCGGAUUAGCGCUUGAUCGACCAGGAUUUGGCCUGUCCAGCCCACAACCUGGCUGCCGUAUCAUAGACUGGCCUGCAGAUGUACGGGAGUUCGCAAAGGCUAAACAGCUAAUUCGAUUCUCAGUAUUGGGUGGCUCCGGAGGUGGACCUUUCGCCCUAGCUUGCGCACAUAUGCUACCACAUAGCAUGCUCACUGGAGUUGGUCUUUUCGCCUCAGCCCCGCCUUGGGUAGCAGGGCCACACUACAUGUCUCUAGGUCGGCGGAUGACAAGGUUAGCUGCUGUGCAUUGGCCAACUGGACUGCGAGCACUUUUGAAUGCAACUGUUGGCGGCUUACAAUGGCUGGUAAACACUGAACCAGUGGCGAAGUGGAUUGAUGGCUGGUUAGAGGCCCAGGACCAGAAAAAGGAGAGGCGUGACGCUCAGAAUAGCGAAAAAGCCGUGGAGGAGAUGGUCCUAAAGAGAAGUACGGCGGAACGAAGGGAAGCGCUGGUGCACCUGCUGAUCGGAGAGCCGUUCGCCCAGGGUGCCGAAGCCGCCGUCCACGAGGCUGAGCUCUUAUCAUCAGAUUGGGGAUUCCGUUUCGAAGACGUUCAAUAUGAUCCGAUUCGAAUCUGGCAUGGGAGAGAGGAUAAGAACGCACCUAUUGUGAUGAUACGUUACAUGGCAGACCGAUUGCCGCAUUCUAAACUCCAGCAGUUCCAUGGGGACACCCACUAUACCAUGUUCAAGCAUCUGGAAGAAGCGUUAUCAGACCUUGUACCACCUUCCGAGCAGCGGUCUGAGAUUAGCGAAGGAAGUGGAGAGAUUGUCUGA